GAAGGGAAUUUCUGAACUAAUACGGCGACGUUUUAUCUGUCUUCAUGCUUCAUUGCGAUUUACCGUGGAAAGUGAGGACGUGACAAGGGGGGCGAAGAUCCGAUCUGCUACUGUGUUUGUUACAAGAAGAAUCAAUGGCGGGAGUUGGAACAUCAAUGCUUGGGUCUGUUCUCCUGUUUACAGUGGUGCUCUCGCUCCAAGAAGUGUACAGAGGGAAAUUAGCUUCCUCUGAGCUGUACACGAUCCUUGGAGGCUUCACUAGCUCCCUCCUCUUUCUCUUCUCUCUCACUUUCAUUGGAAAUCUCCAAGAGUCUUCUGGCAUGAAGAGUGGCUGGGGUGCAGUGGUUUUUGCGGAAAUCAUAGCUCUUGUUGCCGCUAGCACGGUGCAUCGAGUGUGCAUUACGACCUGUUUCUUGUUCUCUGCUGGGCUGUUAUACGAGAUGAGCAAGAUCUCAGGAUACAUGCUCGGCAGGGCUGAGUCCAAAUCUAAAAGGCACUGAAUCAGAGAAGGGGAUUAUUAAUAAGUUAGAUGAUGCUCUCGAAUUUGAUAUCUGGUUUAGCACUUAAAAAGUCUCAAGGAUACUUCACAACUAUUAAAUCUAGGCUUUUCCGCGCAUAUUUUGUUUGACUUGGUCGAUAUCGCAGUUGUGUGUUAUGACUUUGUGUUCUGCGUUCUUAUAGAAACUAAGACAAAUGGUCAGAUCA